AUGAGCAGAUUGUUCUAGGAAGUGGGCUGUCAGAAGCUGUGGCGUACACACUACUUCAGCGUCUGGGUCUAGCCCUGCUUUUGUUUGACCUUUUUCCCCCUUUCCUUUCACUCCCACAGGGCACGGUGCGCAUCAGACUGCUAUGCUUCAAAGACAACAUGAGCAUAUAGAAAGGCCGCUACCGUUUGACGAGCCUCUCGCCAUAAGCAGCGAGGACUUAGCCCACAUUUCCCCCAGCAGAGGUUUGACUGCAUCACUGUGAGUUGAAAGAGACGCCACUUUUUCACCUCUUCAUUUUUCUUUUUUGACUUUCGAGUCAAAUUUCAUUGGAGGCAAGUUUGAGCAUAACUCGUCAAUCAUGAGCGCCCACGAGUCGAACCUCCACACCAUCUCCCCUGAGAUGCCGGCCAUGUUUGACGGCGUGAAGCUGGCGGCCGUCGCCACGGUGCUCUACAUCAUCGUCCGCUGCUUGAACCUGAAGAGUCCCACCGCACCGCCGGACCUCAUCUACCAGGACACGGCCCUCAACCGCUUCCUGCUCAAGUCCUGCUCUCAGAUGACCAAAGAGUACAUCCCCCCAUUGCUGUGGGGUAAGAGCGGUCACCUGCAAACGGCACUGUACGGUAAACUGGGUCGGGUGAGCUCGCCUCAUCCCAGUGGGAUCAGGAAGUAUUUGCCCAUGCAGGAUGGAGCCACUGCAACAUUUGACCUCUUUGAGCCCCUGGGGGACCAUCAAACAGGAGACGACAUCACCAUGGUGAUAUGCCCCGGCAUCGGUAACCAUAGCGAGAAGCACUACAUCCGGACCUUCGUGGACUACGCCCAGAAGGAGGGAUACAGGUGUGCCGUGCUGAACCACCUGGGCGCUCUUCCCAACAUCGAGCUCACAUCUCCGCGCAUGUUCACUUACGGAUGCACCUGGGAGUUUGCAGCGAUGGUCGGCUACAUUAAGAGGGCGUACCCUAAGACCCAGCUGAUCGUCGUGGGCUUCAGUCUGGGGGGGAACAUCGUUUGCAAGUUCCUGGGCGAGAACAGAGUGAACCAGGAGCGGGUGCUGUGCUGUGUGAGCGUCUGUCAGGGCUACAGCGCUCUCAGGGCUCAGGAAACGUUCCUACAGUGGGAUCAGUUCAGACGCUUCUAUAAUUUUCUCAUGGCAGACAACAUGAAGAAAAUCAUCCUCUCACACAGGCACAGUCUGUUUGGAGAAAACCCGCUGAAAAAGGUGGACGCAGAUCUCAAUCGGCUGUACAUAGCAACGUCCCUCAUGCAGAUCGACGACAACAUCAUGAGGAAAUUCCACGGCCACAGCUCUCUCAAAGAGUACUAUGAGAAGGAGAGCUGCGUACAUUAUAUCCACAAUGUGGAUGUGCCACUGCUGCUGGUAAACGCUGCAGACGACCCUCUGGUUCAUGACUCGCUGCUCGCCAUCCCUCGCACAUUAGCAGCAAAGAAGCCCAACGUGAUCUUCGCCCUGACUCUUCACGGAGGCCACCUGGGCUUCUUCGAGGGCGACGUGCUCUUCCCCCAGCCCCUCACCUGGAUGGACAAGGUGAUCGUGGGUUACGCCAACGCCAUGUGCCAGUGGGAGAAGCAGAAACCGCCCUGCCAAAGCGGCCUCCUCACCGGAAGCUCCUGCAUAGAGGCGAAAGCCUGAAACCUGCGUAUCGUUCUCAUUCCUUCUCUCCGUUUAAAUAUCUCACACACUUUCCAGCACCACGGUCCCAACAGGGCACUGAGGAGACACUUUCAGCUACUCUCUGUCUCUGCCUUCUCCUCCGGUGCUACACACCACUUCCAAAACACACACAUGCCUUUUACUCCCAUUUGUAACCACCAUCACCUGUUAAGGUGCGGACAGCAGAAUAGAAACUAACUGCCUUCACUUCAGAGAUGGAGCAUUGUGUCGUUCUUCAUCCAAAACAGCGGCGACGCUCGGUUUAAUGGUGCAUAGACCAAAUGUGACAUAAGAUAAAGUUGAGCUGACUUUAGUUGGGGGGCGGCGGCGGGGGGAGGGUUGCCAGUAUGACUUUAUACCCGUGAGAAACAAGCACACAAGAAGUCGGUGCCUAUUUACUGCACCCAUAAGAAGCUCACUGCUUAUCACCGCCAAGCCCAUAGAGCCUAGUCUGCUGUAUUUGUAGUGCGUCUGUCUGUGUGUCUAACUGGGAGAUGCUGAGAGUACAUCUGUGUGUGUCUGUGUCUUUGUUUUAAGCAAUUUCUCCUUUCGUGGGCUCUUGUUUUCCUGGAUGAACUUUUGCUUUGUUUUACAGUAGAAAUUUAAAGCGUUCCCCUCCCCUGGGAUUUUUAUUCUGCAUUAUUCGCAGCUCAUAACGACCUCCUGAUUGGUUAGAUAUGUUUCAAGUCUGACGUUUUUUUGCGGGCUUGGGUUUCUCUGUGGGAGCUAACCACAGAUCAGAUAAUGCCCACAUUCCCUCAUGCACAUUCAAUCACUUUGAUUCAGGGCACUUUACACCCCGUCUGCAACAAUGUUAGUGCAAGUGCUGCGUUCAGUAACGGUUCGGCAGUCUGUGGACAAACAUGAAAAGUUAAAGGGAGCGGGGGACGACGCCAGGAGGUUACGUGACCCCCGAAAUGUCUUUGAGCCCUCUUACUUUCUCCUACCUUUGAUCAGCUGCAGGUUCAGCUAAGCGGUCUGACUUAUUCCUCCGAUUAAGACCAAAACAGCCCACAGAGGCCAACGCUCGCUACUGGUGCAAACAUCGAAUCCGCCAGCGGGGAGUUCUGUGGUUUAGAAACGUAGACGCGGUCCCAUGCGGUUCUGCCGAAGGGGAAAUUUUAAAAUAAGCCAAAGUUGUUUUUCUUCUUCUGUGAGCUGUGAGGUUCGAUGAGUAGGAGGGCUAGAGAUACCAAAGCUGAACCAAACCUUUUUGUUUUAGUUCGUCACAUACAUGUGGUUGUCCUGUACGCAUAUUUUAAAUGGAGGAUGCUGUAUGUCUUCUAUUUUUGUUCGUUUUCUGUCAGCCAAUGUAUUUAAGAGCUUGUUGUAUUUAUUUUAUCCCCCCCCCCUCCACCGACCUGAGUGUUUAAAGUGUUGGAAGCGCUGCAGGAUGAUGUCAAAAUCAAGCUGUAAUGCUGGGACUUGUUGACCCGUCGGAAACGGAAACUGUUAAAAAGUUAAAGCAAAGCUUGCUCCAAGGGCUUACAGGAAGCUCCUACCGAGGCUUCGAUCCAGACAAGAAACCUCUGGAUGAGAGGCUGCUGCAGCACACUGUGAUGAUGAGACACAUGGGUGGUUUGAAAUAAAGAAGCGACUGACAACAGUGCCUUUUGUUAGGCUAUACAAGCCAGUGUUUAUGCUGCAAUACCUGGGUGGUAGUAUUUGUGUUAAUGUUCACGCUGUAGGAGAUCAGAAAAACGGCGCAUGCCAAACUACAUUUACUCCUGAGGACUAAUUGAGCAGCUCAAAUAGUACGUUUUUAUUUUUAUUUUUUUUAUUGACUGUAGACAUAGUGGCCUUAGUUUGAAAUAGUUUUUAUGAUCUUGACUUAAAUCCGCUGCCAGGAUCGUUUUGUAAGCUUUAGACGUCUGUUCAGAACAGAUACUAUGUAUUCCAGGUAUGAAUCUCAUCGCGAUGAGAACUGGAACCAGCUUUCUCUCAGGGCUUCUGCCAACGCUGAACACCAUCUUUAUGCUUUCUCCUCGCGUGUUGUUCACUGUGAGGGGAAACUGUAAGAGAACUUGAUCAGAACCAGAAAGUAUUAAACAACAACAACAACAUUGUUGCUCUUUCUAGAGUGCUCGUUCUUUGCCUCUAAUGGCACUGUUGCCAUCUGCUGUCUGGGAGAUUUAACUACAACUCCCAGACUUCCAAAGCAAUCGUCUUCUCAUCCACCCACAGUCUCGUUGCAUGGUUCCACUUGUCCGCGGUUCUCGUUUCUCGCUCGACCCGACGUGGUUCUGGGUUCUUCAGGCGCCAUGAAGGAUCGUCGAUGACACCAGCACCACACCAGUUUCUGCACCAAGAGCCGUUUGGUGUGCUUUUUAAGACUUCUGCCUCUCUCCAACUUUGCACAAAACUGCAGGCUUGGAUGUAUUAUUUAGAACUUUUUGUGUGAAUCAUUUUUCUUUUUUUUUUGUAUUUCUAUUUUGUGUUUUUAUUAUUAUUAUUUGAUUGUGCAAAUGCAGCAGAGUGUGUAAACGGGAGAUUACUGUGUCAUGUUAACACCUCUGAUCAACAACAAUGGAAACUUAACAACAAAAAAGGUGAAUUAGACUGUUUUUUCUUUGGUUAUUUCAUUUUUUAAGGGACCAGGAAUAUAAACCAAUUGUGGCAAUAACUAGCCAGGGAAGAUUUUUAUUUUUAUUAUUUUGCACACUGUUGAGGUUUAAAAAGGAGGGGGGUGUAUGUUAGAUUAAACAUGUAUUUCACAUGGACAUCAUUUUCUCUGGUUGUGGAAUCUAAAAAGCUGUUUCUACUGUGCUGAUAGAAGAAUGUGGUCCUACGUGUUUAUCCCAACACCAGUGCUCCAGCAGCAGGAUUCUGUGCUCAUAUUUACUUUCUUGGAAACAUAAAUUAUCCUCAGCUGCUUUAAACAUAUAUAAAAGAUAAACACUGGGCUGGAGUGAUGGUUGCUCAUCGUUGUGUUCCCAGAAACAUUUAUGUUCUUCCUUAUUUUUCUUUUUAUAUAACAUAGACAUUCUGCCCAAAACACUUGGGUAAGAGUGUACAGUUAUCAUUAAACAGCUUUAAUUUUGUUUACUUAUAUUUUUUGGAGUAUGGUUUAAAACGUGUGGCGACGGCUUGAAGGGACCUGCACAGUCACACGACAUGAUGUACUCUAAUACUGAACACUGGAUAUUUUGUUCUUGCUUUUUUUAAAAGGAAAACCAGUGGCGUGUGUGAUCUAAUUGUGUGAGGAAACGUGGUUAUUGUGUUCUGAAAUAAAUUAUUUUCUCAAACGAA